AUAACAAAAAUAUCUCAAAGUAAAUAGAAAAUAAACACAACUGCGUAUUUAUCUAUCCGCGAAAUAAAAUCGAAAAAUUUCAUCGGUAGCAAAUUAUGAAACAAUGGAAAAAUGUCGUUGCAAAAUGUGUUAGCCAUCAGCUCUCUAAUGUCACUGGGAAUGGCCAGUCUGGCGACCGUAAUUCAUUUUUUCCAACGUGAAGCAAACUAUACCGAGUACGAGUACCUACAGCAACAGGAAGAUCCGGAGAGUUUCCGACCCAACUACAACCGUGUCACCUGGAAUGGCCCAAUCGGGGAAGAUAGAAACUUCUGUGCGAUUUGUCGAGCCUGUAUCAAGUACAACAACAAACGCAAAACGCUAGAGUGUCAACAUAGUUUCCACGAAAAAUGCAUCAACCAAUGGCUUAUUGUGAAACGGACAUGCCCCAUCUGUCGAAUGGUAUUGACUAACCCUAGCUAGCAAUUACUUUUCUACUAAAAUGUACUUAUGUAAAAAAAACACGUAUUUGUCGUCUAUGUACCAAAGGGAAAAAUGUUAUACCUGGUAAAAGCUGAGAUUAUUAUAACUGUGUAUGUACAAUGUUAGGUAAAUAAAAUUAUACAAUAAGGUUUGAGGCUUUUUAAAUAUAAUAAUGGAUAAUCAA